UUCCUCUUUCGUGCCCUUCAAUUCUUAUAUAUACUCCCUAUUUGCUCUUACCUCGCUACACGCUUUCUAUCUUCUUCACCGUUACAUUCCUAAACCCUUCUGAUUCUACUGUCCUCCGAUCAUGGCCGAAGCAACAAGCCCUAAUUCUCAACCCCAGUCCGAGACGGUUGAGACUCAGAGCGAGGAGCAGAGGUUGAAGUAUUUGGAGUUCGUGCAAGUUGCGGCGCUCCACGCCAUCCUCUGUGCUGCAAAGCUCUACAGUUACGCUAAGGAGAAUUUGGGCCCUCUCAAGCCCGGCGUUCAGACCGUGGAGGGAACCGUUAAGACCGUCGUUGGUCCCGUUUACGAUAAGGUUCAUAGUGUUCCUGCUGAAGUCCUCAAGUUUGUUGAUCGCAAGAUGGAUGAAUCUGUUCACAAAAUCGAGGAUCGCGUACCUCCAUCUGUGAAGCAGGUAUCAACCCGAGCUUUCUCAACUGCACAGAUGGCUCCGGGGUACGUCCGUGAUGUUGUAGCCGAAGUCAAAAGUACUGGUGUGGUGGAGACUGCUUCAAUUCUGGCGAGAAGUGUAUACACACAGUAUCAGCCUGCUGCCAAGGGGCUGUAUGACAAGUAUGAGCCAGUAGCGGAGCAGUAUGCUUCGUCUGCUUGGCGGUCUCUGAAUCAGCUCCCCCUUGUUCCCAGGGUUACUCAAGCUGUUGCUCCAAAAGCUUCUUACUGGUCUGAGAGAUACAACCACACUGUUCAGGCUGGUGCCGAGAAGGGGUACAAGGUUGCGUCGUAUCUUCCAUUGGUGCCUACUGAGAAGAUUGCUAAACUGUUGAGCAAUGGAAGUCCUGUGGAGACCAGCUGAAAGGAGUGAUUGUUUUCUAAUGAUAGUUCUUUGUGUGGGUUUACUUCUGUGUGAUGUAUUUUAGUUUCUUAUGUUGCCAAUUUUUUUUAAAAGAAAAAAAAAAAAGAAGAACAAAAGCAAAAUUGUUGUGUCAUCA